AUAAGUGGACCCGAGAGGAAGCGACAAGACUUCUUAAAAAGGCACAUAAGGCUCCCUUUACGUAUCAAGAUGGCUUCCGCUGCCAUAUAUGCAAUGCAGAAUUUGACUCGCGCUUCCUUCUGGUGGGCCACUUGCAGAGCCAUCAGCCCCAGCUGCCAGUGGAGGCGGCGAAAGACGCCAAACGGCGGAGAGACGAGGUCGACCCAAAGCAGCAUCAACUGCGGUGUCCGGGAUGUCCCAAAAAGUUCAUUCUGAAGGGGUUUCUGCAUCGGCAUAUGACAAGGUGUCACCCGAACAGAACCUUUACGGACGCCACCGUAGUUCGGGAACAAGUCCCUCCCGCUCCGCCCACCGUCUCUCAGAAUCCGCUCCACUGCCCAAAGUGUAAUCGUACAUUUGGGUGCAAAGCGUGGGUGACGCGGCACAAGUGCACGCCGUCUCGUGCAAGUCCAGCAGAGGAAGGAGAGAGCGAGGCAGGAGUAGUCGCAUCGUCAACUGAGCAAUCUCCAUGCCCCAUCUGUGGUAACGAAUAUCCCCGGAUCCGGAUGCAUCGGCAUCUCCAAAUGACCCACCCAGACUAUACUGCGGGGGCCAAUACGGAUCCUGUCAGUAGCAUUAAACGUGAGCCGGAGGAGGAUACAGCAGGAUCCCCUGAGCCUACUGCGCUCCCUGCUGCAUCCCGGAAUCCAUUAUUCUGCACCACGUGCAAACGCACCCUCAAAAGCAAGUCGGGGUUUGCCACUCAUAAGUGUAAAAUUGUCGCAGUAACGUACACACCGUCACAGCCGGGCACCUUCGGCAAAACACACUGUGAGUGUCCUCUCUGUGGCCAGCGAGUAGUGAGUCACUGGUUCAGCCGACACCUGAGAGAGAAACAUCCGGGUCACCAAAGCGAUGUGAUUGCGAUCCCUCUCCAGCGUGCCAAACGUGCCAGAGACUCUGACGAUGAUGAUGAGGGCAAGACUGCACUUGUGCAGAAGCGGAUGGAUGCGUCUAGAGGAUUAGAUUCUACACACGAGGCAGGCUAUACAGAUGAUGCGUGGCUACGAGGGCACCACAAGCAAGGAAAUUCCUCCUUGGUCUGUGCGCGCUGUGGCGUCACGUACAUGCGGCUGGGGUCUCUAGUUCGCCACACUCGACGUCACCAUAAGGACAGCAAAGUAGCGCAGAUACGUCUUGAGGACGGGUCCCUCCUUUUCCAUGAUAUGGGUGACCGGGAGUUUCAAUGCCCACACUGCCCCCUGAAGAGCACAUAA